AUAAACACUCCCUACUAUAUGUACAUAAAUAAGAGAGAACCCUCUUCUCGAACCACAAACGAACUAAACCCUACCCUAAACCCUAUCAGAUCUGCAGCAACAUUCAAGCUUCAAAACGCAUGCCAUCCCCCGCCGCCGACGGUGACAGCCAGCGGUUGCCGCCUUCGCCUCUCGAAGGUCUACUCGGCCCUCAACUCAGUUGUGGACUUCUCUCAUCCCCAUCGCUCACGCUCGUUCGCUUUUCGUGGGCGUUUUUCUGCUUCGUCUCUGUUCCCGUCCUCGUCGUCUUUCUCUGAUCAAGGCUUCAAGAGCUCUCUCUCUCGCCUAGCUCAGUCACUGUCACCGUUGCCUACAUCAACAUGUACGUGUCCGUGGGAAUGAUCUUGGUGUCUUUUAUAAUGGCUGCAAUUGUCUCAUAUUCAUUGCGGCUAGUUAUAAGGAAAAACUCAACCGGCCCAGUAUCUACGGCAAGUAGUGCACCGAAUUCAACUGCCCCACCAUCUACAACAACAGCAAGUGGCAAACAACCAAACUCAACCGUCCCACCGACUAUAGCAAGUGGCGAACGUACACCUUCCCGAGGCCCGGCACCAAAGCGUAAAGGGGUAGCUGUAUUUUUGAGAAUUUGAGGGGUACUUGAAUACAUGUAUUGUGAGCAUAUCAAAGUUAUGUAAUUCUGAGUGGAAGAAAGAGAAAUCUGAAUCUUGUAUUCUUGUGGCAAAACAAGCUGGUAUACAUUUCACAUAUAUUUGACAAUUAUGAAUAAAAAAAUGCUUACAUUUUAACACA